AUGCACGCAAAUGUGCAUACAGAUCGUGCCGGGGGCGGCGGAGGUUCCUGGCGCCUGCCGCCAGAUGAAACACUGCAGGUGGCCGAUCCGAAGCAAAAGGAAGAAGAUUUGUUUCCUGCCGAAGGACACAACUGGCGGAGCAUUGUGUUUUCGCUGCUAGUGAUAGGAUUUGUCAUAACCGGUAUUAUAACGGCGAUAUACCUGCUCGGCUAUGUCGACGAACUACUCUAUUGGUCCGGGAGACGGAUGAAGUUGGACGAGUUUCUGCAGAAGGAUAUAACCCCCCAACGGCUACCUUCGGUGUGGAUCAACAAUCAGAAGUUUGUAUUCCAGGCGGAUGAUGGAGGCCUUGCUGUUUUCGACACUGCCACCAACAGUGUAGCCACGCUAGUUACAAAUCACACUCUGAGACAAAUUAACGUUAAAGGCUACCACUGUUCUCAUGAUUUGAAGUACGUUCUGUUUAAGCACAAUGUAAAGAAGCAUCAUAGGUUAUCUUUCACGGCUUUGUAUACUGUAUAUGACGUAUCGAAUGACCAUCACAUGCCGGUACGAUUGAAAGAAUCGCCGAAGGUUCAAAGGGCCCGUCUGCAGCAUGCCUCCUGGGCGGGCAAUACAACCGCCAUGAUCAUCGUGGCCGAGAACGAUAUAUACUUGAGACAAUCACCAUCGGACGAAGAGGUUUAUCGCUUAACUUUCACCGGAGAAGAGAACAGAGUCUACAAUGGUGUACCUGACUGGUUAUAUCAAGAGGAGAUUUUUGAGUCUUUUAGUGCUUUAUGGACCUCAGUAGACGGCACGCACCUCAUGUACGCCACCUUCAACGACUCGCGGGUCGGCAUGAUGACAUUUCCUUGGUUCACGUCCAACACCGUGAUCGCGGCCAGCGGCGAAGGCAACCGUGAGCUUUUCCCCGUGUCGAAAACGAUACGCUAUCCAACGCCGGGCUCGGUCAACCCGGACGUCUCGCUGUGGGUGAUCGAUAUAAGUAAUGUAAGCAAUAUACGAAAAUGGGAAGUAAUCCGUCCAGCGGCUCUUGAGGGACAAGAACACUAUCUUAUAUCAGCCAGCUGGGUAGGCAAUCUGAACGUGCACGUGUCGGUCGUGUGGAUGACCCGCUCGCAAAAUAUUUCGAUCGUUUCCUCCUGCUACAGCCCCACGUGGAAGUGUGUCGAGCACCACUCGGAGCGAGCGCCCGAAAACGAAUGGCUCGAUAUACUACCUCAUCCGCUAUUCUCACCAGAUGGGGACAGCUUCCUGUUUAUGGCUGGGAUCCAGGAGUCGGGCACGGAACACUUUACCCACAUCAAGCACAUCACAAUCACGCAACAGCGCAUGGCUGUCAUUUCCCACGGUCGAUACGAGGUGAUACGAAUUCUGGCCUGGGAUACGUACAACCAUCUGGUCUACUAUCUCGGGACGCACGGGAAAAAGCCCGGCCAACAGCAUCUGUACGUAGUGAAAGAUCCCGUCAGCGACGAUUUGCGAAGAGCGGAACCUACGUGCAUCACCUGCGAUUUGAGUGACGUCCUCUGGGGCAGUCGGUACUACUACAGCAACUGCUCGUUCUUCGAUGCGUUUGUCAGUGCGCAGCCGUUCGUGUCGCAACACGUAGGCAUCAAUCACUACAUACUGGAAUGCAAAGGUCCCGGCCUUCCGUUAGCUGUUGUCCAUGCGGCCCACAAUCAUAAGCUCAUGCGGGUGCUCUACGACACCAGACCGUUCUACGCCAGCAAGCUCGCGGAGUUGGCGCUACCGUCGCAACGUUCGUUCGAGAUUCCGCUGCCACACGGUACCCGGGCGUCGGUGCAGUUGCUGCUGCCACCGAGCUGGCGCGAGGAACUACGGGAUGCCGCAUUCCCCGUACUGGUGGAGGUCAAUGGAAAGCCCGGGUCGACGUCCGUCUCGGAGGAAUUCAAAAUAGACUGGGGCACCUACAUGUCGAGCCACAACGAUGUGGUGUACAUCCGGCUGGAUGUCCGAGGGGCGCGUGGCCAGGGCAAGCAGGCACUGUAUCGCCAUCUCGGUGGGGUUGAGGUUCAGGAUCAGAUCGCUGCUCUUAGACACCUUUUGGACACACUGAAGUUUCUCGACGAAACACGCGUCGGUGUGUGGGGAUGGGGCUACGGAGGGUACGUAACGGCCAUGAUCCUAGGCUCCCAGCAGCCGGUCUUCAAGUGUGGCAUCUCGGUAUCCCCCGUCACGGACUGGUUGUACUAUAAUUCCAUAUUUACCGAACGAAUUCUCGGACUGCCGGCGGAAAACUACAAAGCGUACGUCGAGGCGGACGCGACGCAGAAGGGACGCCAGAUACCUUCGUACUCGUACUUCCUCAUUCACGGCCUAGCCGAUGUCACCGCACCGUACCAGCACGGUAUCCAGCUGGCCCGUUCCCUCUCCGAGUCCGGGACAAUAUUUCGCUACUUGAGCUACGCCGACGAAGGGCACGAUCUCACCGGCGUGAUCGAGCACGUGUACCGCUCGAUGGAGGAUUUCCUGCGCAACUGCCUGUCGCUAGACUCCGACGAAGAUAAACCAUCGGAAGCGAAUGUACCGAACGAGUAGUAGGAGAAGUAGUUGAUAGUAGGAUGUGCAAAAACAAAAAAAAACGAAACGAACGUAAAAUGAGUGUUGUGAGAUUGCGUUAGUGAGUUAUACUCUGCGUUAGGACAAGUGGUUGUGUUGUUUAGUUUCUGUUUUUUGCUACCCGUACUUUUUGCAAACUCAAUUGCUUCAAAUUCGAUUCCCGCUCGGAUAGAUGGACGUACAAUAACUGAUAGGUUCUAAAUACAUAGACAUAUCAGAGAAAUAUGGUAAAAAAUGCAAGAAAUAGACGAUGCAACAGCACAACGAAACAACACGCAAACUUUCACGGCACGACAACAGGAGGUGAAUGUGAAUGAAAACCUCCACAACAAAAGGGUAAAUGAAACAAAGCAGAAGUUUGAAGAAAUUGCUAAUUGAAGUAAAUUCGAAUUCCACCAAAAAGCAUGUAUCGUUUAUGGAAACUGUAUUUUAUAAUCAUGUUAAAGCGUAACACCACAGCUUACAACACAUCCCAGUCGAAAACGAACGAGUGAAAAGCAAAUCAAUCUAGCAAGUUGAAACUUUCAUGUGAAAAGAAUUAGCAUAACAAAGGCAAAUAAAAAUGUUAACUCAGAGGCUGAUGAUGAUGAUAUGUGAAACAAGAUAAAGCCAUACAAAUGGCAGAUUGGAUAUGCAGGAAGAAUGGGUAACAGGCAUGAGUUGAGCAAAACAAAAAAAAAAAAAGAUAAAACAAAACAUAAUAGAAAGGAGAACAGACAAAACAAAGAUCAAAAGAAU